ACGCUCUCUUCUUCAGUCUGUUUCGAGCUUUCACGAUGGAUCGUCGCUGUUGUUGGAUAGUGGCAUCAUAUUGGUUCCCGCGGCUGCUAUCUUCAUCUCCAUCAGCACUAAAUCAAUCCGGGUCGUGGUCGUCGUUUGAAUCGUGCCGUCGGUUGUGAAAUCUUAUUUCUUCGCUCGAUUUCGAGAACGGAUCGCGUAACUUUUGCGUUUUUGGGGGACGGACGGGGUGUGUUGGCACGCUGAACGAGUUCAGCGGCAGCGAGGUUAAGGCAAGGUGGGGUGGUAAUAUUUCUCAAUCAGAAAGUGCACUGUCCUGAAAAAGAGUGCAUCCAUCAGGUAGUGGGAGCGAGCAGUGCACAAAACAACAGUUAUCUUGUCGCAUUCGCUUACACCAAAGCUUAGAAAAGGGAAGAGACGUCCAAGGGAGAAGGACCAGGUUGACUGGAGAAGAGACAACUUCUGUCAACUGUCUCGGGGGUUGCUGUGAAUGUCAUAUGCAGCUGUGAGUUGGAAAGUUGCAUGUGUUGGUGGAUGGUGUGAUUGUGUUGGUUAAAAUUGUCAACUACUGAGGAUGUGAGUGGGCGAAGAGUGGAGGCGGCAGCGGAAGCAGCAUUUUGCUAGACGUCAAACAAGUGAGAGUGCAGCAGCGUGAAGACGUGCGAAGCGAAGUGACAAGGAAGGAAGAAUAUCAGCAGAAGCAGCGAUACAAUACAGUGAAGCGGCACUGACGGAUCGCUGAGAUGGUGUUUGUAGGUUCCGCAGUUAGUUCUCUGUGUAUAUCCUCUGGCCAGUGAGAGGAAGAAGUUGGGUCGCGUAUUUUGUUCAUUUUCUCGCCGUGGAAUAUUUUGUUUGCGUUGGGAAUAUCGGUCGCAAAAAAUGUUCGAAAAGUGAUUAAGAAGCGACCGCAAGGGUUCGCCGGAAGUGAAAGUCGUGAAAUCGAAGAAUCUCUACCCUGGUGAAGCAGGGUUUGCAGUGGUCCACCUUGCAGGAGGACGAAGACGAAGUGAUCCGAGAGUGUUAUUCUGUGUAUUUUCGGGGAGUUUCAGUGCGGCCAGAGCCCCCGAACAACAGGGAGAAGGGUCGUAUAUGUAUUGUUGUGGUUGAAAGUUUUGAUAAAUGUCAAGAUGGCGGCUACUAACCGAGCUCGUCCACAGCCGAGAACUAACAUCUCGUUCUUCUCGAAGAUCCAGGGCAAAAUCUCCGAUGCCUGCGCUCAGCAGAAGUUCCUAACGGACAAAAAGACCCUGGAGAAGACCUGGAAGCUGAUGGACAAAGUCGUCAAACUUUGCCAGCAGUCCAAGAUGAACCUGAAGAAUUCCCCCCCUUUCAUACUGGACAUCCUGCCGGAUACGUACCAGCGGUUGCAUCUGAUCUACUCAAAGUACGAAGACCAGAUGCACCUUUUGCACGGGAACGAGCACUUCAAUAUCUUCAUUAACAAUCUGAUGCGGAAGUGCAAACAGGCCAUCAAACUGUUCAAGGAGGGCAAGGAGAAGAUGUUCGACGAGAACUCGCACUACCGGAGGAAUCUCACCAAGCUGAGCCUGGUGUUUUCGCACAUGCUGAGCGAGCUGAAGGCGAUAUUCCCACAUGGGACGUUUGCCGGAGACCAGUUCCGUAUUACGAAGGCGGAUGCGGCGGACUUCUGGAAGUCCCGCUUCGGAAAUAGCACACUCGUUCCGUGGAAGCUGUUUCGACAGGAGCUCUCCCAGGUGCAUCCCAUCUGCUCCGGGCUGGAAGCGAUGGCACUCAAAACCACCAUAGACUUAACGUGCAAUGAUUAUAUAUCGAAUUUUGAAUUCGAUGUGUUUACUAGGCUGUUUCAACCGUGGAAUACGUUGCUGAGAAAUUGGCAAAUCCUAGCUGUGACGCACCCGGGCUACGUCGCCUUCCUAACGUACGACGAAGUCAAGGCACGCUUACAAAAGUAUAUCAAUAAGGCUGGUAGUUAUGUUUUCAGAUUAUCCUGCACACGACUAGGUCAGUGGGCGAUAGGUUACGUAACGGUGGAAGGCGACAUCCUCCAAACAAUUCCCCAAAACAAGUCAUUAUGUCAAGCUUUACUAGAUGGUCAUAGGGAAGGUUUUUACCUGUACCCCGACGGAAAGGCGCAGAAUCCCGAUCUCUCGUUUGCCGUACAGAGUCCUCUGGAGGAUCACAUUACGGUGACGCAGGAACAGUACGAACUGUACUGUGAGAUGGGGAGCACCUUUCAGCUGUGUAAAAUUUGUGCCGAAAACGAUAAGGACAUUAGGAUCGAACCCUGCGGGCAUCUGCUGUGUACGCCUUGUCUGACGGCGUGGCAGGUCGACUCGGAAGGACAGGGUUGCCCAUUCUGCCGGGCGGAAAUCAAAGGCACCGAGCAAAUCGUAGUGGACGCAUUCGACCCCAGGCGGCAGCACAAUCGCAAUUCGGCCAACGGGCGGCAGCAGCUGCAGAACGACGACCACGACGAUGACAUUGAGGACGAUUUCAAUAUUGCAACCUCGUCACUCCACGCGCUGAGCAAUAGUAUGACACUGGCACGCAAUGAAAAGCAAAGCCCGCACUCUUCACCGCGGCUGCCUCGGCGCCAACCAAAUCCCACCGCACCAGUGCUAACUAGUAACGAUAUUUAUGCAGGCGGUCCCUCCCUCCAGUCCCAGUCGAGCAGUUGCAGCUAUGCGUCAUCCUCAUCCAGUUCAUCUGCCAGUGGUAGUGGUGGUAGUAGUGGUUGCAGCAGCGGAAGUUCCAACAGUGGACAACAGAUGGCAGCCUUAGUGACGACGCCUGCAGCAGUAGCAGCAGCCGCAGCUGCCUCAGCACCACCAAUGGCCGCCACUGCCACCCAUACAGUCAAUGGAAAUCUCGUCACGCACACCAACAUCUCAUUGAACAAUAACAGUCACUGUAGUAAUAUGUGCACAACUGGUGGUGGUGGUAGCAGUGGAUCUAGCGGGACACCAAGCCAUAAUCUUGUCAAAUGUAACAAGUCCUCAUCUUCGUCUCUCCUACCACAGACACAAACCAACGUCGCUCCGUCGGCCAGCACACACUCACAACAAGUGCAACAAAAUCGACUAAGCGCACCGGCAAGCUCAUCUGUAGCUACUCCUAGCGGAAGCAAUCCCAGCAGUUAUCUAAUGUACCGGGCACUCAGCAAAGCUCUAUCCUCCGAGAGUCAGUCAUCUAGUUCGAUGGAGUCAAUAUACCAACCUUUACCUCCUCCACUACCCCCCAGAAAAUCCUCUCCCGGAAUUCUAACAUCCACUCCUUCCUCCGACUCUUCCAGAUCAAAAUCUACCAAUCCUCGUUGUCCGUCACAAUUGCUGGCAGCACGCAAUACCCAGAACCAAAUCAAUUCAGCAUCUAGUCUUUGCAACCUCUCUAAUCAGGUUGCAACCAGCCUUAAUCUCAGUCGCAGUUCAGAGAAUCUCUCAAGUGCUAUCCGCAUCGACAACCAUGUCCCUAAAACCAAUCCCCCUCCAGUCCCAAAGCACCAGACUCCCAUCGAACCUUGUCCUUGUAAUAACACUACUGCUCCUCCAAAACCCCCCGAACCAGAUCCCUUCAACCAAGAGGAUCUAGACAAAGUAAUCGUCGGACCCGCUGAAACCAUCGUCGGGAUCAUCGACACCCGGCCACUGGAAGCUCGUCAACCCAUCAUCCUCAAAGUAGAUGACAAAAAUGAUCACAAUCUAGUCCUCACCAGUACAAGCAACGUUUACCAGUUCAAACCAACCUCUAUCAGCACCAACAUCAAUGGAAUCCUGUCCAAUGAGGUAACCAUCUAUCAACCAGCACAGCCCAUCCUUCCGCAACCUCAUCAUACUCCAAAGCAACCGCAACCUCAGCCAAGACACCAGCAGCAACAACAUCAACAGCCACAAUCCUGCGCAACUAUCCAAGGCACCAACCCGCAACACCAGCGACACCAGUCGCUCCCAGCAAACAACGCCACCAUCAACGCUAAGGUUACUCCUCAACCGCCUUCCAAGUCAAUCACCACUUCCCAGCUGUCGGCGGCUCUGGCCGCAGCCGCCACCAAAUCCGACAGCACCAACCCACUCCUCUACGAGAACGUGCACCUCUCGUCGACUGCGACCUCCACGACGGAUUGCAACGGGUCGAGCACAACGAGCAACAAUAACCACCUGAGCAGCAGCGCUGUGGCUGCGGCAAUGGCUGCGUCCGGCAGUGCGCACGGUUCUGCCGCAGCCAACAACAACAAUACGAACGUGCCCUACGAGAACAUCAACCUGGAGUAUAUCGCCCGGUUGAUGCAGGAAGGCUACUCCAAGGAGAACGUCAUCACGGCGCUCGGUAUUUCCCGCAACAACAUCGAGAUGGCGUGCGACAUCCUGCACGAGUUUGUCAGCAAAAGCGGAGGCGGGGGUUAGAGUCUUGGCUACCCUUUUGAUCAUCAUGCAAUACAUUACAUAAAUUACACGUGUAUAGAAACUGUAGUAAGCUGUCGCGUAGCGACCAACAGAAACGACAUAGACUGCUAGGACGAUGAGAUGAUGAGAGAGCAGCGUGACUCUUUGGAUUCUAAUUUAUUUUCUAUGUAGGUAGAAGUAGCAGUGUGAGGGUUGACGAGAAAGCGAAUAAGUGAAAGCGAGAGUGCUCGUAGUUCUUAGUACACUAAGAAGUAGUAGUUGAAAACAAUCAUCUAUAGCAAUAAAUUGCAGUUCACAAAGGGCGAAGGGAAGUGACCAGAAAUAGUUUCUGUGGCAUCUCUCAAAGUUGACAGUGUAAAUAGUUAGUGUGUGUGAUCAUGACUAGAUAUAAGAAUAAACACAAACACACACACGCGUAUAUUACAUACAUACACAUACUGCGCAACUAUAUAAGCAUCUUGUGAAAAGUGAAGCUUUGUUUUAGUUCCUUACUAGCAGCUAAUUGAAUUUAAUAUAAAGAAAUGACUCUGUUCUGUAGAAACUAAUUAUUAGGAGAAAGAAUUAUACUCAAACAAAUCACAGCAAAAAAAAACGAAAUGUCGAACAGAGCAAAACAGAAUUCAAGCACGGGUUUUCCUUAUUUUCUGUUUAAUUAGUUUAGUUUUGUCAUAUGCUACUGACUACGAUUUUGAAAUUUCACCGAAUAAAAUGAAAAUGAACCAAAUUACCCUCGAUAUAUUAUGCUUUUCUUCAUAUUCCACGCAGUGAGACUGUAUAGGACAAUUAUCGUAAUGCCAAGAAAAAUAAAGCAACGACCCAUGUAUGAGUGACGAUUGUUGUUACAAAGAAAAUGCUU